AUGGGUGAAGCGGCGCUAUGCGGUCUGCUAGCGGGGCCCAACGGCGCCGCGAAGCCCGCAAAACGAAAGGGUGAGGAGGCUGUGCGUCGUCCCCAUCUGCUUGACUCCUCGCAUGCGCCGCCGCCGCCAUCCACUUCCGCGCCGCCGCAGUCGCCAUUCGCGGCACCGCCGCCGGUCGCUAGCGGAUCCACCACUCUUGUUGCCAGCGGAUCUGGAGGCUUCUUGUCUCAUCCCCCUCUCGUCGCCGUCGAGUCUUCAAACCCCAAUCGCAAGAACAUCAUUGAAUCAACGGCAAGGGUAGCUGUGACGGUUGGAGAAGAACCUCGGGAAGAUUAUCAUGCUGGACAACUGGAAGGAAGGCCCCAGCGACACAAACGAGAGUUGCAGCUACAAACAAGGUCCUCUCCGAGAAUAACAGGUAGAUGUUUCUGGGUUCUACCUGCUAUGAUUCUUCGUGCUGCUCCAAGAUGAUGCCAUUCUAGUGAUAAGAUUGGCAGUGAAUCGCCUGCUCUGUUUUAAUCUGGCUACGAUUUUAUGUUCCUUUUGACAUUUUAGUAGUUUCUUAGACUGCAAUCGAAGAAGCUGCAGCAGCAGGAUUGCUAAGCCAUGUAGAGAAAAAAUGAGGAGAAAAAAGUGAUGGACCCAAGUGCAGGGCUAAUAGAUUACUGUGUUGUAUGAACAAUGGUCUUGACUUCUUGUUAUGAAAUGGAAGCCUUACGUAAUGUAUAAUCCAUUUUAAUCUUUUGAGACACUA